AAGUCACAAAACACAAAACUGCUGUUUAGUUUAGCCAACCGAGCGAAGUUUAGUUUAGCCAACCGAGCGAAGCACCACAGAAGAAUUCUAGAACAUUUUGUAAACCGUUGCCGUCGAGAAUACCUAUUGAGUUUACGUGAAAAGUCAAGAGUAAAUGCAAACCGACAGAAUAUCGCAACCAUUUCCGUGGGUGAUAUCAUGAUUAUUAUGAACGAAAAAACAAAACAACAAUUCUGGAAAUUCGCCAGAGUGGAAGAUCUUUUACCAGGUCAAGAUGGAGUAGUUCGAGCAGCAAGAGUAAGAGUAGCGUGUAGUGAAGGCAAACCAAAUGUUCUCCUACGUUCAAUUGCGCAACUUAUUCCUCUUGAAUUUACCGAAAGAUUGGAAGAAAUGGAAGGAGAAGCAGCUAGACGAAGGAGAAGACAAGGAACCCGAGCAAGAAACAAAGGAACUUAA